UGUUGCCUUUUCUCUCGUUCUCGCUGAAGCGCUGCUCGCUCGCGCGCCUCUGCCAGUCCUUCUCGUUUUUUUUUUUACUCAUUUUUCAUUUCUUUCCUCUGCGGGAAUUAUUUAUUCCCCCCCAAUCAUUAAAAGUAGUUUCGGCUCUUAGUUGCUGUGUGUAUUAGUGCGUGUGUGUGGGUUUUUUUUUAGUGUGAGUGAAUUUGUUUAUUUUUAUUGUCUCCUGCUCGGGACGAAGAGAGACCAGGACUCCGUUUGGACAUUCUCCUUCCCCUGACUUCUCAACGGGACACCGGGAUCGCCUCUUUGGGAGAACAUUGAGGAGAAUCCAGCGGAGUCUGUCUUUCAUUCGGCCCGGCAUGAGGCAGCAUGUGUUUACUCUUAAUUUAGCACAGAUCCUGUAGUUCCUGAUGCAGCAUGAACAAGGUUAUGAGCGUCUGUAGAGCUUGGUGAUUCAGAUGAGACGAGCCAAUGAGAGGAUGGCCAGAGGUCACAUGAUCUGCAAAGCCGCCAUCCAGCUGGUUCUGCCAAUGCUGCUGAGUGUGCUGCCAGUCACACACACUCAAAGUCCACCUCGUUUUACCCGUACACCCACUGACCAAACAGGCGUGCAGGGUGGGGUGGCCUCGUUUAUGUGCCAGGCAACAGGAGACCCACAACCUCGAAUCUCCUGGAGCAGAAAUGGCAAGAAAGUCACCAACCAGAGAUUUGAGACGAUUGAGUUUGAGGACGGCUCCGGCUCGGUCUUGCGCGUGCAGCCGUUGCGGACCCCACGUGAUGAAGCGAUAUACGAGUGUGUGGCGUCUAACGACGUCGGCGAGAUCAGCGCCUCCACCCGGCUCACGGUGCUGCGCGAGGACCAGCUUCCUCCUGGCUUCCCGUCUAUAGACAUGGGUCCUCAGCUUAAGGUGGUGGAACGUUCUCGCACAGCCACCAUGCUGUGUGCAGCCAGCGGAACUCCUGACCCAGAGAUCACAUGGUUUAAAGACUUUCUUCCCAUCGACACCCAAACUCACGGACGAAUCAAACAGCUGCGCUCAGAGUCCUUUGGGGGUACACCAAUCAGAGGUGCACUGCAGAUCGAUCGGAGUGAAGAAACCGAUCAAGGGAAAUACGAGUGCGUGGCUAUGAAUAGUGAGGGGACGCGAUACUCGACACCCGCUAACCUUUACGUCAGAGAGCUGAGAGAUGUGCGCCGGAUCCCUCCACGCUUCUCUGUGCCGCCUAUGGAUUACGAAGUGAUGCCCGGAGGAGGGGUGAACAUCACAUGCCAGGCGGUGGGCGUUCCCAUGCCAUAUGUGAAGUGGAUGCUUGGAACGGAGGACCUGACUCCAGAGGAUGACAUGCCUAUCGGAAAGAACGUGCUAGAACUCACGGACGUGCGGCAGUCAGCCAAUUACACCUGCGUGGCGAUGUCCACUCUUGGCGUCAUUGAAACCGUGGCACAGAUCACAGUCAAAGCCCUCCCAAGUCCUCCAGGAGCUCCAGUUGUCAUGGAACGUUCAGCCACCAGCAUAACCUUAAUGUGGGACAGCGGGAACCCACUUCCUGUUUCCUAUUACAUCAUCCAGCACAGACCUGCGUCCUCCAGUGACCCUUUUAAAGAGAUUGACGCCGUGGCGACGACACGGUACAGCGUCGGCGGACUCAGCCCCUACUCGCACUAUCACUUCCGGGUCAUAGCUGUAAAUUCGAUCGGCCGCGGACCUCCGAGUCCGACAAUAGAAGCGCGGACGGCAGAGCAAGCCCCGAGCUCGGCGCCGCGCAGGGUCAGAGGUCGCAUGCUUAGUGUCUCCACAGCAAUGGUGCAGUGGGAGGAGCCAGAGGAGGCGAACGGACAGGUGGUCGGUUAUCGGGUGUACUACACCUCCGAUUCUUCACUGCACGUCAACCAAUGGGAGAAGGAGAUGGUGCGUGGAGCAAAUUUUCUGACAAUACAGAAUCUAACGCCAAACAAGACCUAUUUCAUCAGAGUUCUGGCUUUCACUGCUGUGGGAGAUGGUCCUCUCUCCAGCGACCUGCACAUCAUUGCCAAAACAGGAGUUCCUUCUCAGCCCACAGAGCUGAAAGCAGAGGUGAAGUCAGAGACGAGCGUCCUGCUCACCUGGCUGCCACCGGCUCACAGCGGCACCGAUGCAAUCAUAGGAUAUGAACUCAUAUACAGACUCGGAGACCAGCCUGAGCAGAAGAUCGUGUUCGAGCCGAGCUCCAGCUACGUGCUAAAGAAUCUGAAGCCCUUCUCCACCUACAGCUUUCAGUUAGCAGCACGUAGUAAACACGGCGUGGGGGCCUUCACCAGCGAGCUCAGCGUACAGACACCACAAACCCUGUUUGCUGUGAACUUCCAUGUAAAAGCUGCUAUGAAGAGUUCAGUAUGGCUUGUCUGGGAGCCACGAACUGCACAAAACAAACCCUCGACUUUUAUCAUCUCAUACGGUGAUGGUCACAAACUGGAAGUAGACGGGCGUCUCGGGCUGCAGCGGAUCACCGAGUUAAAGCCGCAGUCGAUCUACACGUUCCUCCUGAGUAAUAAAGCGGAUGGCAGUGAGGGCCUGCAGCACCGUGCCGACGCCAUGACCGCUCCGAACCUGCUGCUCAGAAAACCUCAACUAAUGGAGAAGAGCAGCUCUGAGAGCACGGCCACACUGCAGCUGCCCUCGGUGCACACACACGUCCCUGUCAGAGGUUUCUACAUCAUUGUCAUCUCACUGAAGAGGCAGAGAGGAGGAAACUUCCAGAAUCCUUGGAGUGAUCCAGAUGAAAUGAAUUUAGAUGAGAUUCUGAAGAUGAUCAACGGUACGAGCCGAUCGGUACGCUUACGGAGGCAGGCCGAACCGAAGCCAUACAUCAGUGCCUACUUUCCGAAUCUUCCGUCCGAGUUUAGGCUGGGAGACGGGCGUGUGUAUGGAGUGUUUCUGAACCGACUGCUUCUCAACGGGCAGGAAUAUGUCUGUUUCGUGCUCGCUAUUUUAGAGCUGGGACAGAAUACUAUUUACUCGACCAGCCCGUUUUCGGACCCUGUGGCCUUCUCAGACAUGGAGCCCCAACCAAUCGUGGAUGAAGAGGAGGGGCUGCUUUGGGUGGUGGGGCCUGUGCUUGCUGUCAUCUUCAUCAUCAGCAUAGUCAUCCUCAUCCUUCUGUUUAAGAGCAAACCGGACAGGAAGCGGGCAGAGUUAGAGGGCAGAAAGUGCAGUUUCCCAAGCAGUGGCAAAGCCAUGAGCUCUCAGCAUCCAUCAGACCCCGUGGAACUCCGCAGAAUCAACUUCCCAACACCCGGUAUGACCAGUCAUCCUCCAGUUCCCAUCUCAGAAUUACCCAGUUACAUAGAGAGAAAGAAAGCCAGUGAGGGCCUGAGGUUCUCACAGGAGUAUGAGGUACUCUAUUGACCUGGGCAGCAGUUCUCUUGGGAGCACUCAAACCUGGACAUUAAUAAACCAAAGAAUCGCUAUGCAAAUGUCAUCGCCUACGACCACACCAGAGUAGUGCUGUCUAACAGUGAUGGUCAGCCAGGUGGCGAUUACAUCAACGCCAAUUUCAUCGACGGGUACCGACGACAAGGCGCCUACAUCGCCACACAGGGGCCCAUGCCAGAUACCAUCAGUGACUUCUGGAGGAUGGUGUGGGAGCAGCACACGGCAAACAUCAUUAUGAUAACCAAAUUGGAGGAGAAAUCAAGGAAUAAGUGUGAUCAGUACUGGCCGAGUCGAGGCACAGAGACGUACGGCCAAAUGCAGGUGUCUGUGCUCGACACCGUGGAGCUUGCUGCUUACUGUGUCAGGACUUUCGCACUCUUUAAGAGUGGCAGCAGUGAGAAGAGGGAGGUCCGCCAGUUUCAGUUCACAGCGUGGCCUGAUCACGGUGUACCUGAGCACCCUACACCAUUCCUGGCCUUCCUGCGCAGAGUCAAAGCCUGUAAUCCUCCAGACGCUGGGCCUAUCGUAGUGCACUGCAGUGCGGGCGUAGGGCGGACCGGCUGCUUCAUCGUGAUCGAUGCCAUGCUGGAGCGCGUGAAGCAGGAAAAGACGGUUGACGUGUACGGCCACGUGACACUGAUGCGCUCUCAGAGAAACUACAUGGUGCAGACAGAAGAGCAGUACGUGUUCAUAUACGACGCGCUGCUGGAAGCCGUGAUGUGCGGCAACACGGAGGUGCCCGCGCGCAACCUCUACGCGUACAUCCAGAGACUCACACAGGCUGAGCCUCCUGACAACAUCAGCGCCAUGGAGCACGAGUUUAAAAGGUUAGCGAACGCGAGAGCACACAACUCCCGGUUUGUGAGUGCCAACCUGCCCUGCAACAAGUUUAAAAACAGGCUGGUGAACAUCAUGCCGUACGAGAGCACACGUGUGGGACUGCAGCCCAUCCGAGGAGUGGAGGGUUCGGACUACGUCAAUGCCAGCUUUAUAGACGGUUAUAGGCAGCAGAGGGCGUAUAUUGCCACGCAAGGUCCUCUGGCUGAGACAGCAGAAGAUUACUGGAGAAUGCUGUGGGAACACAACUCCACUAUUGUAGUGAUGCUCACUAAACUUCGAGAGAUGGGAAGGGAGAAGUGCCACCAAUACUGGCCUUCAGAAAGGUCAGCACGCUAUCAGUACUUUGUGGUGGACCCCAUGGCUGAGUACAAUAUGCCACAGUACAUCCUGCGAGAGUUUAAAGUGACUGAUGCCAGGGAUGGCCAGUCCAGAACUGUUCGCCAGUUCCAGUUUACCGAUUGGCCGGAACAGGGCGUGCCAAAGUCUGGCGAAGGCUUCAUAGACUUUAUCGGCCAAGUGCACAAGACAAAAGAGCAGUUUGGUCAAGACGGACCAAUAACGGUACACUGCAGUGCUGGUGUUGGGAGGACAGGUGUCUUUAUCACGUUGAGCAUAGUGCUGGAGAGGAUGCGUUAUGAAGGAGUGGUCGACAUCUUCCAAACUGUCAAAAUGCUGCGAACACAGAGACCAGCCAUGGUGCAGACGGAGGAACAGUACCAGUUUUGCUAUCGUGCAGCACUGGAGUACUUGGGCAGUUUCGAUCACUAUGCAACAUAAAGCGUCUCUGGUUUCUCCAAGCUUCUCUGGACCAGCAGGACAUUUCCUCCCGUGUGAUCUUCUGUGCUAAAUAACUGUCUCCCGGCGCGACUGUCUUUACACCGUCUGUACUGAGCGUACUGUCACGCUGUGUGUCCUUGGCUCUGGAAACGUAAGAUAGCCCCGAAAUGAUUCAAAGGCCAGUUUAGUUCAGGUCAAUUCAGGGCUAUCUUAAGAUAAUCGUCAAAUAAUCACCAUGAACAUGAAAUCCAGCGUCUGGGAGGCGACGUUUCAUUUUUAAAAUGUGUUUUUGAUUCAGUUGUACCACUGAUUAGUUACCAACUUGUAAGAGAUUGGGGCUAAUACCUAAUCACAGACAACCACCCCCCACCCCCUUUAACUCCCGAUCGCACACGGAUAUGUGCACACACAGACACACACUCACAUGCAGAGUGAACCACUGGCAGUCGUGACUUCUCAAAAGGUUGUGCAAUACUACAAAUGACUGCACUUUUCAUUUAACUUCGAAAGCACACUGAAUAAUCCACAGUAGUUUGACGUCAUAUAUACAGUAUUCAUUUAUGUACAUAUAUGUGCUGUAUGUGGUGGUUUGGGAAAAAUCUGUCAGGCUGGAAUGAAAUUUUUGAACUAGGAGUUGGCGACUCUGGUGCAUCGGGAACUGCUUAGAACCAGCUUGAGCUCGUUUAGAAACCUUAGUUAUAAUGGAGCCUUUAUAAGCCUUUGAUAGUGCGAGUUGCUGCGCAAAGGGAAAUUCGGCAUCAUUACCAGUCAGGACCGCAUGAUCGUUUACCGUCUGCUAAUCCUGAGGAGCCCUCAAAGCUCCACACCACAACACGCACCAUUACUGUGCUGAGAUGCUUCUUUGAAAUUACGCACCCCACAUUGUAAUCGCAUGAGCAGACGGGACACGAUCAAGACGUCCUAACUGGUAAAGACGCCCAAAUUCCCUUUGUGCAGCACUCACACUAUCACCAUUCUUAUAUAAAGGUUUUACAGAGAGCGCUUGUUGCGCACCGCUCCACCGCUCCGUGAUCACUAGCGGCACCUGUUCCAAACAAUUACCCACGUCCCAGGGUCCCACCUCCUAGUUCAAAAAGGUCUAGUUUACACUUUAACAUGCGAUCACAGUGAUCCAAUCAAGCAGAUCAGAUCAUCAGGUAAUUAGGAUGCGGCGUUUACACUCGGCAACAUCAACUGACUUCUCCAUCUGUGUAACUGAUCAGAUCUGUCUUUCCCACGCAAUAUUUUUUUUUCAUUUUCAGUCACUGGACAUUUUUACGAAUCGCGCAAACCGAGGAGUCUGCAGUUAUUAAUAAGGUGGAUAGAUUCUCGACGACUUCUGUCCAGGCCACGUUGAUUGGAUAACAUUCCGAUCAGAAGCCUGUUUACACUUUUUUUCUUUUCAAUGUGUAUGUGAACAACAUCCGGAUACAGGUCACAUGCUGAUGCCAAGUGUAAACACAGCCAUAGCAACCAUAAAUACCUUUCACCAAAAGAUGUGAAAAACUAUUUCUAGGUACAAUAGAACACUGUAUAAGGAGUUGGGUUAUAGUUAGUCCCGCACUGUUUUAUUCCUUUAUCUCACACUAUUUUGGUGACAAUUUUUAUUUUAUUUUAUCAAAAUGAUCGCAUCAUGUCCUGAAAAACAAGUUCCAGUUCCAGUCGCUAUAACAGGUGUUUUCUCACUGGCUGCUAUCCUGAAAUUAAUGCAGCAAAACAACAUGAAUUGUGGUGUUUCCCGUGUAAAGAACGCGUUUUACAUCUGAUUAUUAGGCCAAGUUCACACUUUGUCCCACUGUUGUAUGUAUGGAGUGCGGAAGCAGCUCGUCCCGGCUUCUGCGAGCCACGAAUGUAACUUUAUUUCAGUUCUCAAUGAAUGCAUGAUGAAACGCACUGAUCUCUUUGUUUAAUGCGUGGUGCAAGUCGACAAAAUAGAUACAGAGCGUUAGUUUCUCUUGAGUUUAGCUUUCUUUCUUUAUCUUUUUCUUUUUUUACAUCAUUACAGUCAUCUCAAUCCGUGUUCAUUUUGACCACAAACUAUUCGCUUAUUAGUUUGAUUAGUUUGGUGCAUGCAUGGAGAAAAAUACCGGAUAGAAAUGAAGUGUGUGUGAACCUGGCCUUACAAUGCACUAACACUGGGGUACACACAAUUCAUAAAACGAUGCGUGAGCAGUUCAUGAUCAGAAAUGAUCACGUAUCAGAACGAGCGCUAAUAUAAACCCGUCAGAGGUGUCGCAGAUGUUGCACUCGACAGAGCUGUGGUCUGAAAUUCUAAACAUUGUGCAGAUGGUCCUCGGGUUACGAUGGUUCGACUUACGACUUUUCGAUCCAACUGUUUUAAAAUAUUGUACGUUUUGCACGGCAGGCAGAAUGUAGCAGGGUGGUGUAAAUUGCUCUGUUUUGAUAAAUUAUGCACUGUAAUUUGUUAGAUUAUUAACAAGUUGCAGUAUACUACCCCAUACUGAUCACCAUUCUUUAAGACUCUAGGUCAUGCUAGGCCAUGUCUCAAAUUACGAUGGUGUCCCCAGAACACAUCUCAAUCGUAACGUGGGGACUCGCUGUCCUUUCAGUCUGGAGUUUUCCAGUCUUCAUCAUGCAAAUGGUUUUCCCAGACCACCACACAAAUAUAAGCACAUUUACAACGUGGCUUGUGUUUAUCAACCAAUUUCUAAUAUUCACCUUAACACACGUUUCCACGGUGGCGUUACAGCACCACAGACGAUCGUCUCGAAAGUAGUAGUGCCUUAUCAUGGUUUUCGAUAGUUCACUUUAGUUCUACUUCUGUGUACCUGCAUUAUAGUUUUUAGACAAUUUUGAUACACUAGGAUUGUACACGUGCCACACCGGAUUUUAAUAGGACGAGCGUACAUCUCGAGAAAAAUACUAAUAAAAAAAACGUGCUCACGAUUUUUUACAAAGCCAUAUUGAUUAGUACAAAUUGAUGCUGCCAAGGCUGAUACUACAUAAAGUGUAUGCAUGCACAUUUUUGGAUGGAUAUAUAUAUAUAUAUAUAUAUAUAUACUAUAUUUGACCUAAUUCAUGAAUUUUUGAGAACAUUCAUAUUUUAUAUUAGUCAUCAAAAGAAACGAGAUCAGUUUAUUGAAUAUUACACAAUCUUUUUCUUUUAUUAGGAGGGGUCUUAUGAUCUCGCCUCUUUGGAGAGCAUGCAGUGUUUGAAAACUUUAGCUAGUGAGGUGCUGCUUUGUCCGUAUAGACAUCUUCACCUUUUGAGGAUAUUCAUGCAGGGUUCCUGGCCAUAUGUAAGUUAUUCUAUAUUAUAAUAUAAUUUGCACUAUAAAUGUAAAAAAAAAAAAAAAAAACACCAACACCUUGAGGCACAAAUAUUCGUUUUACAAAUUGUGUUCCGUUUUACUGAAUAUUGUUUUUUUUUCUUUUCUUGAAAGCGUGCACUCAUCCCAGGAACAUAAUCAGCUGUUGAGAUGUGUUAAUGGUCUUAGUGUGUGUGUGUGUGUGUGUGUGGACAGAAGCCUGGGUGUUAUUUCACGCCGUGUGUAAACAACACACUUUCACUCUAUGCACAAAACCAUUGUUCGUUCUCAAUUACGGAGCGUUUCCGUUAUCACCAUGGUGACCACAGCGCGUGCAUGUUACAGUAUAAAAACGAAAUAUCUUUUCGGUGUUAAAUCUUAAGGAGAAUAUACGCUUUGUAGUGUUUAGUGUUCGACGUUUUCCAGAAGACAACACGAAGGUGCCCGAGUAGCCGAACGAAAGGACAGGACCAAGUUUUCUCAAUGAACUUUUUUUUUUUCGCCAAGAGCCAAAGCUCCAGAGGAUUUCAGGGGUUUGUGGCUCCACUAGAACAUUUGGGACUUCUCUUACACAGUGUUCGGUGUGUUCCUCUGCAUUUAAAACAAAUUUACCAUGAAUUAAAAAAAGAAAAAACUCUAAACAUCAGCGUAACGUUACUGCACACAUUUUAUUUCCAAUCUACAGAAAAAAUCCAAGUUUUUUUUUCCCGUCUUCCACAUGAACAGAAAUGUGAACGAUCCAUAACAGACUUUUCAUGUAGAAAUAAAUCCUCACUGUUUGUUUCAUCAUGUGAUAUGACCAAAUAUCCAUUGUAAUGCUUUUUUUUUUUUCACCUUGUAAGAACUUGAUGUGCGUUUCUGCUAUUUUUGGCCCAUCCAGUCGACGUGAGCACAAAGUGAUGCCUGUCUUCUGUUAUUUACCUCUUAUUUUGUAGUAAAUGUAAAUAUUUUAGAGAAAUAAUCUUAUGCUUUUUUAUUUUCCUACUUUUGCUGUGAGAAAACAAGUCGUGUGAGAAUACAGGGGUAUUUGUGGAACUUUUUUUGUUCGUUUUGUUACGAAUAAACUCGCAACAAAA